AUUUUUAACAUCAACUUGAUAUAAGACUAAAAAUUAUAAUAAUAAAUUACAAUAAACAAUUUGCACUAACUAAAUAAUAAUGUAUAAUUAUUGAAAUCGGGUAAGUAAACACAACACGAACACAAUUAUCGGAAGCGAAUAAAAGGUUAAACGUUCAAAAGCUUUUAACAUUUCUUUAUGAAUGAUAUAAAAGCAACAGCAGUAAUGCCGGAAGAAGUUUUAAAAAAUGUAAUUAAACACAUGGAGAGCUUAAAGAGAAGUUUCAAACCACCAAAGAUGUUGCUAAGACUGUAUUCUCUCAUUAUUUUAAUACUAGAUCUUGUGACACUUUUAUUUGGAAUAUUUUUUGCUAUCUUAAUUGCAUUAUAUAGAAUAUUUAGACCUCCUCCUUUAAAAAAUCUCUAUGGAGAAGUCGCAAUGGUUGUUGGAGCUGGUCGAGGCAUAGGUAGAGAAUUAGCAAUUCAUUUGUGUCAACUUGGUGUUAAUGUUGCAUGUGUCGACAUUAACAGUGAAAAUUGUGAUACUACUGUACACUUAGCGUCUAAAUCAGUAGGAGUUGCUAAAAUGUAUAUUUGUGAUAUAACAGAUAAGGAUGAAGUAGCUCGUAUAGUGAAUAUUAUUAAAUCAGAGUUAGGUGAAGUUACAAUGCUUUUCCAUUGCUGCAGUAUACCAAGUCCUAGAGCUUUACUUCAAGAUCCACCUGAAAUAAGGCAUACAAUUGAUUUGACGAUUCUAAGUCAUUUUUGGUUAUUGGAUACAGUUUUACCAUGCAUGGAACGGGCUGGAAAAGGGCACAUAGUGGUUCUAUCAUCUGUGGCUGGCCUUUCUGGUACUGCCACAGGAGGAAACAGAGUUUCUUUGUCCACUGCACAAUUUGCAGUUCAAGGAUUAGCUGAAUCAUUACAUACUGAAUUAAGACAUUUGAAUAGUAACAUAAUAAUUACUUUAGUUCACGUUUAUCCAUUUAUUGUAGGCGCAGAAAUAGCAAAAGAUAUUCGUUUUAGAAUACCAAGUUACUUUGGUACAAUGCCCGCCACAGAAGCAGCUGAACAAAUUUUAGAUGGAGUUCGCCGAAAUUAUGCAGAAUUCAGUGUGCCUGGAUAUUUACUUUACUUAGGUCAUAUUCUUAGAAUACUUCCAAAGAAAGCAUCAUUUAUGUUGCGUGACUUGCUAGACACUGGUGUCGAUUUUGGAUGAAUUUAAUUUUCCUAAUCAAAUAUAUGACUGGACAUAAAAAAAUAAUUUAUAAUUUACAAGGUAAAUUCAUUAAAGUUGGGACAAUCUGUUGAUGAUGAUUCAAAUCCCAACACUGGAAUGAGUUUAUGCUAAUCUAAACCAGGCGGAGCUGGUUCUGAAAUAUCAGUUUCCAUAGUAUCUGGUUUUUGUUCGAUCAGAUAAUCACCGGGUGGUGCCUGCAAGAAAUUCAAGGAAGAACUAUUUGGAUCAGUUCAUAUAUUUAUUUUUUCUUAUAAUAAUAUAAAAAUCAACUCUUUAUAUACAAGUAGUUUUACUCACAAUAUCAAAUUCAUCAUGUAUGUCGCAAGGUGAUUUACCCUGAAUAACAUCCAUUAUUGAUUGCGGAAUGUGCGCUUUCUGAAAUAUCACAUCAUUUCCGUAUUAAAUUUUUUGCAUUCUUAGUAAAAUAUAAAACAUAGAAUAAGUAUUACGGUAUCAAUAAAGUAUAUUGCAGGAAAUAUACCUGAUUUUCGGCAAAGGCUUCGACAUGCGCUAAUAAUGGUGCUCGUAAGUUACUCGCCAUUUUUAACGCUUCGGCCAAUUGUGCUGGAGGAAGUUGUAAAAUAACCGCAAAACUUUGUGGUUGCGUACGUUCACAACAUUUUACAAAACCCUCCCAUACUUUUGGCUGUUUCCAAACUUGUUUGAGAAUUAAUCGUUGAAGUAUAUUCAUAACGAAUCCACUUAACCUAGGAUAUAAUGCUAAACUUUGUAUCACUGUACGCAUGAGUAAUGUAGGAAGAGGGGUCAUCUCCAUAAGAUGUUGCAUUACAACAGCUACAGUUUCUUGUGUAUAUAUUUGUUUUUCCGCAAAACAUAGGGACGUAGCUGUAAAUUAGUAUUAAUAAAUAUAAAAUUUGAAUGAA